AUGGAUCCAAAGGGAUGUCAUCUUGUCACGGAUGAGGUAUACGCCCAGAUCACACCAGGUAUCAAGGACGUAAAGGUACGGCUAGUUUUCACUUACUCCAACAUUGCUCGGAACAUAUAUCGCACAGCCGCGUUGACAAUCAAUGAAAAUUAUGAUCGAGAUAUGGACAUGGCUCUAGACAAUAUCGUCCCCGAGAGUCUUAACUGGAAGCACACGGACGAAGGCCCAGAUGUAUCUCACACGAAGACAUCCUUGAUCGGUGCCACUAUCUCGAUCCCAAUUACUGAUGGCCGUCUGAACCUCGGCACCUGGCAAGGGAUCUACUUGACCGAAUUCAGACACGCAGCACAUUCCAGGCGGAUUGUUGCCACAGUUUUGUAA